AUGGAUCAGAUUCCGGGCGUUUUGUAUGCCGAUGAGAACUUCACCACAUGGUUGAUAUUGGGCGCUAGUAGAGGCAUCGGCCUGGAAUUUGUCAAGCAGUUGCUAGCCAAGAAUGAGCGCAUCAUCGCAACUGUACGGGAGCCUUGGGCCGGUCAUGCCAGUGGGUUGUGGGGACAAGCGGGGAGUGACCAUGGCCGAUGCCAGAUGUACACCUGCGACAUCUUAUCCGAACAGAGCAUAGAAAAAUUUGUCGCCCAAUUGGCAAUGCAGGAAGGCUUGAAAAUCGACAAUGUAGUCAUCAACGCAGGAGUACUGAGAUACCCAAACAGGGCAACUGAGUUGUAUGUUUCUCCUUUGCCAUCCUUUGACGAAUUCGCGUUCCAUCUACACACCAAUACUAUUGGCCCAAUCAUCGUAGCACAGAAGCUACUCAAGACCAACAUCCCCAUCGGCAGGAUUGUCUUCAUGUCCAGCGAUUCGGGUUCGCAGAUCAAUUUCCGUGAAAUGGAGGAUGGCUUUGCCGCGUAUGCGGCUUCGAAGUCGGCAUUGAACAUGGCAGUGAGACACAUGGCUGCCGAGCUGAAGAGGAAGGACGAUGAUACCAUCAUUCUCUGCAUGCAUCCUGGCGAAGUUUUAACUGACAUGGCAAACAACCAGUUGUCAUGGGAAGUGCAAGGCAUGAUAACACCAGAAGAGUCGGUCUCGAAAAUGAUUGAGGUGAUUAAGAGCAAGGGUAUACAGCACAGCGGCACCUUCUGGACGUGGGAGAACAAGCCACACCCAUGGUGA